AUGGCAGCUGACUCGGACCCUCAGGUCUCGGACAAGAUCGAGUCCUCUGCCCCAACGAAGAUUCCAUACUGGCGUUUGGUCUUCGACCAGGGUGUCGUCACACAAGAGAUAAUUGAUCACCCAUACCCCGGUUCAGGAACAGAGGAGGACCCAUUUGAAGUAACAUGGAUCCCGAACGACCCUCGUAAUCCCAUGAACUUUAGUGAGGUGAAGAAAUGGACUUUUACCAUGCUAGUAGCCGUCGCAACAUUGGCUGUUUCCCUGGUAUCAUCUGCCUAUACCGGCGGUAUCAAAGAAAUCAUGAUGCAGUUUCACAUCGGGCAAGAACUUGCCACUCUUGGUGUUUCGCUUUUCGUUCUCGGUUUCGCGAUUGGACCAUUGCUCUGGGCUCCACUGAGUGAGCUGUUUGGCCGCCAAAUCCUCUUCGUUACUACCUACGCCGCUCUCACAGCUUUCAAUGCUGGUGUCGCAGGUUCUCAAAAUGCCUGGUCCGUCAUUAUCCUUCGGUUCUUCGCUGGUUCCUUUGGAUCCUCGCCUUUGACUAACGCUGGUGGUGUCAUUGCCGACAUGUUUCCCGCUAAGCAGCGAGGUGUCGCUAUGAGUUUGUUCGCCGCCGCACCUUUCCUUGGUCCUGUUAUUGGUCCCAUUGCUGGUGGAUUCAUCGGUAUGAGUGACGGCGGUUGGCAAUGGGUCAUGGGUUUCCUUGCCGUCUUUGCUGGUACGGUUUGGAUUAUCGGCUCUCUGACGAUCCCCGAGACCUAUGCCCCCGUGCUUCUCCUCCGCCGUGCGGAAAGACUCUCAAAGCUGUCAGGAAAGAUUUACCGGAGUAAGCUUGAGAUCGACCAAGGCAGGGUGUCUCUUAAAGACUCCUUCAAAGUGUCACUGUCCCGUCCUUGGAUUCUUUUAUUCAAGGAGCCUAUCGUGUUCUUGUUAUCUCUCUACAUGGCUAUUGUUUACGGUACCUUGUAUAUGAUGUUCGCCGCCUUCCCCAUUGUCUACCAGCAGUCCCGCGGCUGGAAUCAGGGUGUUAGUGGCCUCGCCUUCCUCGGUAUCAUGAUCGGCAUGUUGAUUGCCGUCAUCUACUCCCUCUGGGACAAUAAGCGCUACAUCGGGACGUCCGAUAAACAUAAUGGAUUCGCACCCCCGGAGGCACGUCUCCCCCAUGCCUCAUCGCAUCCGUCGCAAUCCCAAUCGGCCUAUUCUGCCGGCGUCCCCUUCGGAUUCGGAAUGGUCCUUGUCUUUCUCAGCAUCAUGAACUACCUCAUUGACUCCUACACCAUCUUCGCCGCCUCCGUGCUUGCUGCCAACUCCGUCAUCCGUUCCCUCUUCGGUGCUGCUUUCCCCCUCUUCACCACCUACAUGUAUCAGAACCUGGGUAUCCACUGGGCAUCAUCGAUCCCGGCUUUCCUGGCACUCGCCUGCGUGCCCUUCCCCUUCUUGUUCUACAAGUAUGGACCCGCGAUCCGCACCCGUUGCAAGUUCGCCGCCCAGUCCGAGGCAUUCAUGCGCAAGAUCCAGGAGCAGGUUUCUGCCCCACCGGAGGCAGAGGAGAAAGUGGAGUAUGACCGUACAGAGGCUCCUGCCCCCGAAGGCUCCCUCUCCAGCGAGUCCCAUGACGGUGUUGACGCACUCCCCACGGAGCGCAUUCGCAGCCGUGCGCAAUCUGUUGCCUCCAAUCGCACUGGUGCCUCGUUGACUCGCUCGGUUACAUAUGAGGGAAACCCGUAUGAUAUCGACCGUGUCCACACUCGUGACUCCUUCAAACAAUAG